AUGAUGGAGUCGGUCAAAAGUGAUUCUUCAGACAUGACGGCCGCGAUCAUACCGCUACCUGCAUACCACCAUAAUGCAAAGAACUGGUUCUUGCAGGUAGAAUCGAUCUUUUCCAUGUUACGCAUAAGUUCACUGCGAGCCAGAUUCGCAAACGUAAUGCAGAAACUCCCAUCCGAUAUGAUGGACGAGAUUUCUGAUGUCCUCUCCGAUUUGCGCGAACAUGAACCGUAUGAUCACUUAAAGGAAGCGACCCUCAAGCGUUUUGAGGAGGACAUGAUUCAAGAGAUUCUACGGAACGUCACCAGAGGUGACAAGACGCCUACCCAACUACUCAGGUAUAUCGAGAAAUCCAGAUCUCCCUGCGCCCACGGACAAGGAAACCAACCCCAUCUCGACAACAACGGAGUCGAACCCCCAGCCGAGAACGGCGAAGCGACCAGGGCAUGCGUUGGUUUCAUUGCACAUUUGGCGAUAGAGCCAGGAACUGUAGAACUCCCUGUACACACCCGUCAGCCCGGGGAAACGAGUAAACCGGAGAGUGGCGACGACUAA